CGGCCGUUUCUACGUGUGUGACGUCAUUUCCUUCCAACAUGGCGCAGGCAGCAGGUCGCUGAUGGAAAACUGAGGGAUUUACCCCACCUUCUGGCUUUAUUUAUGUUUCUCUAUUGAGGGCACCAUCCGCCGGAGAAAAACUCAAUCAUACGGGAAUAUCUAAAAAUCGCGGAUCCAGCCUCCGUUGGGACAGGUCCUCCUCGCCCCGUCGCAGCGCGUCAUGUAUGAAGGCAAAAAGACGAAAAACAUGUUUUUAACCAGAGCUUUGGAAAAGAUCUUGGCCGACAAGGAGGUGAAAAAGGCUCAUCACUCGCAGCUGCGCAAAGCUUGUGAGGUGGCACUAGAGGAAAUCAAGGCAGAAUCUGAGAAAUUAAGCCCACCGGCUGGGGACAACAAGUCAAGUUCCAGUACUUUGCCGCCAAUCAAAUCCAAGACCAACUUCAUUGAAGCAGAUAAAUACUUCCUGCCGUUUGAGUUGGCCUGUCAGUCCAAAUGUCCGCGCAUCGUCAUUACCUCUCUAGACUGUUUACAGAAACUCAUAGCAUAUGGUCACCUGACGGGGAGCGCUCCAGACAACACAACCCCAGGAAAAAAGCUCAUCGACAGGAUCAUAGAGACUAUAUGUGGCUGUUUCCAAGGACCACAGACUGAUGAAGGCGUCCAGCUACAAAUUAUAAAGGCCUUGCUUACAGCCGUGACCUCCCAGCAAAUAGAGAUCCACGAAGGUACGGUGCUGCAGGCCGUAAGAACGUGCUACAACAUCUAUCUGGCCAGUAAGAACCUCAUCAACCAGACCACGGCCAAAGCCACCCUCACGCAGAUGCUGAAUGUGAUAUUCGCCCGCAUGGAGAACCAAGCACUUACAAAUCACAAGAUCAAUUGGUCUUUGGCAUCAAGAAAGCGAGAUCGUCAGCUGCAGGAAGCCAAGCAGAUGGAGCGAGAGAGGCACAGGCAGCAUUCUCCAGUCAGCCAGCAAGAACCGGAGUCUCCUGGACAGCGGCACACCGACACCCCUGGCAAAAGCCUCCCCACCGAGGCCAAUGGCGGACCGGGACACCAGGGCAGCAAGGUCGAGCAGGGAUCCCCACCGUACGAGAGUCCCGAGCCAGAGAACGGCACUGACUUCUGCCCUGCGGAAAAUGAGCAGACUGAGGCAGACCAGGCCACUGCAGCGGCGCAAAGUGCGGCAGAGCAUGGCCCGGAUCCCACCGUGGAAGAAGAAAGCCCGAACUAUGAAGAGAAGGCACAGGAGAUUGUACAGAGCAUAUUGCAAGAAGUCGUAAACACAGUGGCUGGAGAUAUGAAGGUAAGCCGUGAGGGUGAAGUUGAGCCAGCUGAGGGCAUUCCAAACUCUCUGGAAGAGGAAGGAGGCUUGGGCAGCGACAACGAAAAUGUUCAUGCCAACGGCAUCCCUGGCACGCCCAUUUCUGCAAGCUUCACUCCGUCCCUGCCUGACGACAGACUGUCUGUCUCCUCCAAUGACACUCAGGAAUCAGUAGCUACCACUGGUCCAGCACCAGGUGCAAAGUUUUCCCACAUUCUGCAAAAGGACGCAUUCUUGGUGUUCCGUUCACUCUGCAAACUUUCCAUGAAGCCCCUUUCAGACGGUCCCCCUGAUCCGAAAUCCCACGAGCUGCGGUCCAAGGUCCUCUCGCUGCAGCUCCUCCUGUCUAUCCUGCAGAACGCUGGGCCCAUCUUCAAAACCAACGAGAUGUUCAUCAACGCCAUCAAGCAGUACCUGUGCGUAGCUCUGUCUAAAAACGGCGUCUCCUCCGUCCCCGAAGUGUUCGAGCUGUCGCUGUCCAUCUUCCUCACCCUCCUGUCCAACUUCAAGACGCAUCUCAAGAUGCAAAUUGAGGUGUUUUUCAAAGAAAUUUUUCUGUAUAUUCUGGAAACGUCCACAAGCUCAUAUGACCACAAGUGGAUGGUCAUUCAAACCCUUACCAGAAUAUGUGCGGAUGCCCAGAGUGUGGUAGAUAUCUAUGUUAAUUAUGAUUGUGACCUGAAUGCUGCUAAUAUUUUCGAGAGGCUGGUGAAUGACCUCUCAAAGAUUGCACAAGGACGAGGAGGCCAUGAACUGGGUACAACCCCACUUCAGGAGCUGACUCUAAGAAAGAAAGGACUGGAGUGUCUGGUAUCCAUUCUCAAAUGUAUGGUGGAAUGGAGCAAAGACCAAUAUGUCAACCCCAAUUCCCAGACAAGUCUCGGCCAAGAAAAGCCUUUAGAGCAGGAAACCAAUGAGUCGAAGCAUCCAGAAACGAUUAACCGCUACGGAAGCAUAAACUCAUUGGACUCCACCGCCUCGUCAGGCAUCGGGAGCUACAGCACGCAGAUGUCUGGGACAGACAACCCUGAGCAGUUUGAGGUCCUCAAACAACAGAAGGAGAUCAUAGAGCAAGGCAUUGACCUGUUCAACAAAAAACCAAAGAGGGGCAUUCAGUACCUGCAGGAACAAGGCAUGCUGGGAACCACACCUGAAGAUAUCGCCCAAUUUUUACAUCAAGAGGAGAGACUUGACUCUAUCCAGGUAGGAGAGUUUCUCGGAGACAACGAUCGCAUCAAUAAAGAGGUUAUGUAUGCCUACGUCGACCAAAUGGACUUCCAGGGCAAAGACUUUGUGCCAGCGCUGCGCAUGUUCCUCGAGGGUUUCCGUCUGCCCGGAGAGGCCCAAAAAAUCGAUCGACUGAUGGAGAAAUUUGCUGCUAGAUAUUUAGAAUGCAACCAAGGGCAAACACUGUUCGCCAGCGCAGACACUGCAUACGUCCUCGCGUAUUCAAUCAUCAUGUUGACUACAGACCUACACAGUCCGCAGGUGAAGAAUAAAAUGACGAAAGAGCAAUACAUCAAGAUGAACCGAGGUAUCAAUGACAGUAAAGAUUUACCCGAGGAGUAUCUCUCAGCCAUUUAUGAUGAAAUCGCAGGGAAAAAAAUAUCUAUGAAGGAGACAAAGGAAUUAACUCUCAAGUCAAAUAAGCAAAGUGUGGCCAGUGAGAAGCAGAGGAGGCUUCUGUAUAAUGUUGAGAUGGAGCAGAUGGCAAAGACGGCUAAGGCACUGAUGGAGGCUGUCAGCCACGUUCAGGCCCCCUUCACCAGCGCCACCCACCUCGAGCACGUCAGACCAAUGUUUAAGCUGGCCUGGACACCCUUUCUGGCUGCAUUCAGCGUGGGUCUGCAAGACUGUGAUGACACUGAAGUGGCUUCUUUGUGUCUUGAGGGAAUCCGCUGUGCUAUCAGGAUAGCGUGCAUCUUCAGCAUUCAGGAGAGAUGUCAGUCCAAAGGGUUUUUGUUCUCUGUUGGUUUGUUCCAGUUGGAGCGAGAUGCGUACGUUCAGGCUCUGGCCCGCUUCACGUUGCUGACGGCCAGUUCUGGCAUCACUGAGAUGAAGCAGAAGAACAUCGACACCAUCAAGACCCUCAUUACAGUGGCUCACACGGAUGGAAAUUACCUAGGAAACUCCUGGCAUGAGAUCCUGAAGUGCAUUAGUCAGCUGGAGUUGGCCCAGCUCAUCGGGACAGGAGUGAAGGCUCGGUACAUAUCAGGAACCGUACGGGGGAAGGAAGGCUUCAUCACCAGCACCAAGGAACAGCAGCCUGACGAGUACCUGGGCUUGGGAGGGAACGUUGAUCGCAAACAGAUAGCAAGCAUUCAGGAGUCUAUUGGGGAGACCAGCUCGCAAAGUGUGGUAGUCGCUGUGGACCGGAUAUUCACAGGCUCUACCAGACUUGAUGGAAAUGCCAUCGUGGACUUUGUGCGAUGGCUGUGCGCUGUAUCGAUGGACGAAUUGGCCUCCCCUACACACCCUCGAAUGUUCAGUCUGCAGAAGAUUGUGGAGAUAUCGUACUACAACAUGGGUCGUAUCAGGCUGCAGUGGUCCAGGAUAUGGGAGGUUAUAGGGGAUCAUUUCAAUAAGGUCGGCUGUAAUCCCAAUGAGGAUGUUGCUAUUUUCGCUGUGGACUCUUUGAGGCAGCUAUCCAUGAAAUUUUUGGAGAAAGGAGAGUUGGCCAAUUUCAGAUUCCAGAAGGAUUUCCUCAGGCCGUUUGAGCACAUAAUGAAAAAGAACAGAUCUCCUACCAUUAGAGACAUGGUGGUUCGCUGCAUAGCCCAGAUGGUCAACUCUCAGGCUGGGAAUAUUAGAUCAGGGUGGAAAAACAUUUUCUCUGUGUUUCAUCUCGCUGCCUCCGAUCAGGAUGAGAGCAUAGUGGAGCUGGCCUUCCAGACAACUGGACACAUCGUCACGAAUGUAUUUGAGAAGCAUUUCCCAGCUACCAUUGACUCCUUCCAGGAUGCUGUCAAAUGUCUGUCUGAGUUCGCCUGCAACGCUUCUUUCCCCGACACCAGCAUGGAGGCCAUCCGUCUCAUCCGUCACUGCGCUAAAUACGUCUCCGACCGACCUCAGGCGUUUAAAGAUUGCACCAGUGAUGAUAUGAACGUCGCACCGGAGGACCGUGUUUGGGUGAGAGGCUGGUUCCCCAUCCUCUUUGAGCUGUCAUGCAUCAUCAACAGGUGUAAGCUGGAUGUGCGGACCAGGGGUCUGACAGUGAUGUUUGAGGUGAUGAAGACGUACGGUCACACCUACGAGAAACACUGGUGGCAGGAUUUGUUCCGCAUUGUGUUCAGGAUCUUUGACAACAUGAAGCUUCCUGAGCAACAGACUGAGAAAGCGGAGUGGAUGACCACCACCUGUAAUCAUGCACUUUAUGCUAUCUGUGACGUUUUCACGCAGUACUUUGAAUCUCUGAGUGAUGUUCUGUUAGAUGAUAUCCUCUCUCAGCUCUACUGGUGUGUGCAGCAAGAUAAUGAGCAGUUAGCAAGAUCAGGCACUAAUUGCCUUGAAAAUGUGGUCAUCCUCAACGGUGAGAAGUUUAACCCUGAGACCUGGGACAAGACAUGCAACUGUAUGCUAGAUAUCUUCAAAACCACCAUCCCACACAUGCUGUUGACGUGGAGACCGGCUGGUACAGAGGGAGAUCACGUGACUCAGCUGGACUCUGAUAAACAGCUGGACUCCAUUUCGCAGAAGUCAGUGGAUAUUCAGACUCGGUCAGAUGACCAGCAGUCUGUGAACAGCAUGGAGAAGGCUUUGGCUGACAACCGCAGACAGAGUCAGUUCAGUGUUGCUUUAGAAGCCCAGGAACAGAGGCUGUUUGCAGCUCUGCUCAUAAAGUGCGUGGUCCAGCUGGAGCUCAUUCAGACCAUAGACAACAUUGUGUUCUUUCCUGCAACCAGUAAGAAGGAGGAUGCUGAAAACUUUGCAGCAGCACAGAGAGAUGCUUUGGAUGCUGAUGUACAUGUGGAUACUCAGGACCAGGGAAUGUAUCGCUACCUGACCUCAGAACAGCUCUUUAAACUGCUCGACUGUCUGCUGGAGUCUCAUCGCUUUGCCAAGGCCUUUAACUCCAAUAAUGAACAGAGAACCGCGCUGUGGAAGGCUGGUUUCAAAGGGAAGUCGAAGCCCAAUCUGCUGAAACAGGAGACCAGCAGCCUGGCGUGUGGCCUGCGUAUCCUCUUCCGCAUGUACACAGACCAGAGCAGGCAGGACGCCUGGGAGGAGGUGCAGAAGAGACUGCUCAACGUGUGCAGUGACGCUGUGGCUUACUUCCUGACGCUGACGUCUGAGAGCCACCGUGAGGCCUGGACCAACCUACUGCUGCUCUUCCUUACCAAAGUGCUCAAGAUCAGUGAUGACAGGUUCAAGGCCCACGCUUCCCGAUACUACCCUCUGCUUUGUGAGAUCAUGCAGUUUGACCUGAUCCCGGAGCUGAGGGCCGUCCUGCGCAAGUUCUUCCUGCGCAUCGGAUUGGUGUUCCAGAUCACCCAGAGUUUGGAACCAGAUCAGCCUCCGGGCGUCCAAACUCCCAACGACGCCUAGAAGCAGCAGCAGCAGCAGCAGCAGCAGCAGUGCCUGUCCCUGAACGCCACAGACGUCUCCUCUUUUCAUCUGCUGUCUGAAACACUGCAGGACGUGAUCAUCUGAUCUCCUGCAACCAAUGAGGAACGAGGAGAUACAGAAAAGAUGGACUACGUCACAUAUGAUGGUACUAAAAUCAACCCCCCGCCUGCCCUUUCAGGAUCUGCUUUGGACAAACAGCCAGUCCCAGACCAGGAACAGUCUCCCACCCACCGGACUAAUGACCAGGCCUUGUACAAUAGGAUCAAAUUAUCUAGAACAUCAUGAAGAUGCUGAAUAUCGCUACUACUAUACAAAUUGCUUGACCUUUGAGAUCUUCAAAAGGUCCAGAUAUAUUUCAAAACAGUGUCUUGGCAUUAUAUUAAAAGCUGUUUGAAGAAUGACAGAAGGGUUGCAUAUCAAGCAAUGUAAUGUGAUGUUUCUCAAGUGAUUCAGAUUUUUUUUUUUUAUUUUGUUGCAUUUGCACCGCUAAUGGCUAACAUUAGCAUAAUUCCGAAGAAACUAGUUGUACAGAAUUCCAGCUUUGUAAUAUAAUCUCACAACACUAGAUUUUGUUUUCUGUUUGUUUGUUUGUUUGUUUCUCGGAAAUUUGCUGCACUUGUUUUCUUGAUCAAAAUGCACUGGAGAUUUUUACUUUUGUGAUAAAUUAUUGAACUAUGCCAUCUUUCCCUCCAUAACUGUUCAGCUAGAGAUUUCUAAUACGAUAUAAACUGAUUAGUUCGAUUUACUCCAUUUUAUAUAUGCUGACACUUUUUUAAUUAAACACAGAGGGCAACUGAGAUCCUUCAAAAGGAAAAAACUGGAACUUGAAAAUUGAGGGUGACUUACAUGUGAGCUGCAUCUGAAUCACUGGUUUGUAUCCCUAUUUGAAGUUUGGCUUCACUCUACGUGUACAAAUUUUUAAAAAAAGUUAAUAUAUUUAAAAUCUUCUCUUCGGUUUUGGGGGUGGGAUGUAUUGUAUAGAAAUUAAUGAUAGCUGCGCUUUAAAACUGUUGGUGGGAUAAGGAUCUGAAGCAUUCCUGACUAGUGAGGGUAAACUGUAAUGGUACAGCCCUGUAAAGUUUUCUAUAUGGAAUAAAAUGAUCUGUACAACUCUAUAUGACACUGGUCAUCAUCAUCACACACAUUCUAAUCAGGUCAUAGGUCAAUAAAGAUUUGGAACUUGGUA